AUGGUCGAAGUCGAAGUCGCAAGUCACAGUCCCAUAGCCACUAUGUCAAGAAAAGAUCAUCUCUCAAGGACGUUUGAAGCUUAUCGAGCGGAGAUAGAUUCAGAUAACGAAAGACGAGAACGUCUCAUCAUCCUAUCUCGAUCUAUCACACAAUUAUCCAAGAAACUUAUAUUUCACUUACAUAGAGGAGCUACUUCCUCUCCUGGAGCUAGAGCUAAGAUGCUCAAUGAUGCCAGGACCAAAGAACGUGAGAUCAGGGAACAAUUUCGGAAGGUAAAUGAAGUAUUGAGAGAAGAUGGGGAUGAUAAGGGAUGGAGAUGGCAUAGACAAGUUUCUCCGGGAUUGGAAGAGUAUAUCGAAUCUCUCAGUUUCCUACAUUAUUUAGAGGGAAAGGGUCUGAUCACUCUUUCUGAUGUUCAAGCUGCGCUUUCUGAUCAAGAGACUGGAGACGCGUGGCUGGUGGUCACUCCGGAAGACUACGUUUUAGGCAUUUCAGACCUCACAGGGGAGUUGAUGAGAUAUGCGACGAACGCCCUCAGUACUGGAGAUCAUGAAACCCCUUUGUCUGUGUGUCAAUUUGUCCGUGAUGUCAAAGCGAGUAAGCAGAAAGAGACGACCCGUUCUUUGGAGAAAAUCGAGAGAGUGUGUUACGCUCUUCGACUGAGAUUACUGGAAUUUGCCGACAGACCGGAGAUCUUGAGACAGAUGGCUAAGAGGGCGUUGGACGAAGCGGAUCGAGAAGAGAUUGACUGA